UCUCAUAAAUUCUACGCAGAAUUCGUAAGGAAUUGUGAGCCUUCUGCUUGUUCAUGGAGAUUGUUUGGCUAAGGCCAGGUAUUAGGAAAAAAAAAUCUUUUUGGUGCCUUCUCUUUGUCAUGCUACUGCAGUACUGUGCGACUUGUCUGCUAUCGUCACAACCACCACAACCACUACCACCACUUUUGUGUGAGUAAGCUGGAAGCCGGUUUCGAUCCCGAUGCAUAGAACAUGAUUCACUGAAAAGAAAGUCAGCAGGUCUUGUGGAAAGGGGACUCUUUCGUCGAACAAGAAGGUCCCAUUCAUUCAUAAUUAAGUCAAGUCCCAAAACGUGGAACACCGGAGAACAAGACUGUGUCCAAUGAGAGCGGGGGUCAUUCAUGUUGAUCAAUUCCCAGGCAGGUACAGUAACGGCUGGACCUCGAAACAAAAACAAACGACAUCGGUGAUUUGACCUGCACCAUACAUGUCUGUACUGUAAAUAUGUUCUCUCUCAUCGGGAUUCAUUGGUUCACGGAUCCUCUGUCCGGAAACGCGUUCUAGUGGUUUCAAUGGACCGUCACCAAGGAUGAUUGUAUUUUGCUCGACUCGAAGCAUGCAAUUGUUCGUUCCCUCUCCGUAAAGGUGGAUCAAACUAACCCCGGGGUACUGCUCCUUUCCAUCGGCGCUGCUGGUUAGUUGCCCCAAUGUCCAUCAGCCGAGUGGAUGAGCCCAUGAUAGCCCUCAACUGUGCUCCUCAUUCACAAGCGAUGAGUGAACGGCCUGACACCAGGCUCUUACGUUUUCCUUGGGGUGAAAUACCCCUCCUGAGUUGACAAGGUAGGAUUCGAGAGAGCCGAUAUCAUCAUCAGUCUCCACCGUCCUCGUCGUCUCCGUCCUCGUCGUUGUUUGUCCCUGUUCGUCGUCCUUUUACACGGCUUGCAGCUGCUUCUACCACUAAGAGUCAUUGGAGUCCUUCCUUCCUUGCUUCCUUCCUCCCUCUCGUCGGUCUGUCUGUUCCAUGCUUCUUCGUUCCUUCGCGUUCCUUCGUUCCUUCGUUCAGUCAGUCAGUCAGUCAGUCAGUGAGUCGCCACUCCAUCCAUCCAUCCGCGGUGUUCUCUUUCUUCCUUUUGUGUGUGGUCCACUUGUGCGAGCGGUGAGCAACGAACAACAACGAAUGAACGAACCCAAGGAAGACAGAAGAACGGACCAACUGAGAAGGACAACUGAAACGUCCCAAAGCCAGUUGCCUGGCAAACUUGGAAACUUUGAAAACACUUGAGCUUUUUCCUGCGAGCUUGUUGGUGUUGUUUUUGUUGCUAUUCUUUAUAGCUAACCAUUUUCAUCCUUCAGGCGAGUAUUUCAUAAAAGUUGAUACAGCUCACAAGUGGAACCGUUGGGGUCCAAUUGCUCUCUAAACAAUGACAAUGCCAUCAUGUCGUCUGUGAUGAUUCUCCUUCAUGUGAGUUGAGUGCCUUCUCUCAAGAAAUCCAAUCCGUCCGAUAUCCUUUUCCUCUCUCUCUACUUAUUGUGUUACGCACAAUUGGAACACAAUGUUCAUAAGUCCAAGUGUGAUGAGACGAGCUGGGGCCGCUGUUGUCACAACUGUUUCGAGCCCACGGACCAAACGCAAGGGCGAAGGCGAGGAUGAGAAGAAUCUGAUUGCCACCAGUCCCACAGAUUCUGAACAUAAUUCCAUUGGCAAUGGCAACUUCACAGGAGAGAGCCACGACGCCUCAACCGAGGUUACAUUCUCCUUACCAAAGUUCAAGUCGAACGUGUCGAGCCGGGUAGCACAUAGUCUCAGACUCCAAACGACAAAGACCUAUUCGGAAUUGGGUUCAUGUCCAAGCUUGAACAACAUCAGUGGAUCCAUGAGUGGAUCUAGGCCUUUAUUAUCCAGAAACAUCCCGGGAUGUAUGGAGGAAGGUGCCGCCAAACCUGUGGAGGAAAUGGUUCAAACUGCUACGGGAAUGAUUUUGGUGGCCCGUCAAGGCGAUCCAAGAAAGCCGGCAAUUUUCACAUAUCAUGAUAUCGCACUAAACUACUUGUCAAAUUUUCACACGUUUUUCAACUCGGAAUCGAUGCUGGCUGUGCUCGAUAGUUUUUGUGUCUACCAUAUUACUGCUCCUGGACAAGAAAAUGGCGCUCCCGAUCUCCCAGAAGACUACACAUUCCCGUCCUUGGAUGAGCUCUCCGAGCAGGUUGAAUACAUUCUCCAUUACUACGGCAUUCCCCAUUGCGUUGGAUUUGGUGUUGGCCUUGGUGCGAAUGUCAUGGUUCGCUUUGCCCAUCGAAGGCCUACCAUGGUAGAUGGUUUGAUCUUGAUAAACUGCAACUCGCAAAGCGCUGGAUGGUUGGAGUGGGUAUAUCAUAAAGUCAACAUCAAAAAUCUGAAAAAGUCAAACGCUACGUUUUCCUUGCCAGACAGCGUCAUCGAAUAUCUUCUUUGGUACCAUCUAGGGAAGUCGGAUAGCGAUAGCAGGUCCUUGGAUACAGUGUCUCUAGCAUCCAUUUUUAAGAGGCAUUUCUCUUGCGAUGUCAAUUCAAGAAAUCUCUGUCUGCUUCUUCAAUCCUACAUGCAAAGGACCGAUCUGAAUCUGGCACGCGAAAUCAACUCCUCCAAUGGGAAAGCAUUAUACGGGGCAACACGAACCUUGAAGGUUCCAGUGAUCAAUAUGACAGGCGACCAUUCCCCACACGUUGAGGCCACUGUGGCUUUCAAUGGUCGACUUCAACCCAACAAGUGCACAUGGAUGAAGAUUCAGGAUGCGGCAAUGAUAUUAGAGGAGCAAUCGGGCAAAGUAGCCGAGGCCGUCAAGCUGUUUCUCCAAGGCCUCGGCUACAUCUUCAAGCCCAAGCGAGCUCGAUCUUUAACGUCGACUCCGCUUCGACGACCCGGGGAAAAUACUUUCAUUCGGUCUUCUGGAACUGAUAAUGAACAAGUGGCUAAUUUGGCCAAGGAAACAGCUGAAGCGAUUGAAAACCUUCUGGUCUUGGACGAACCAACCUCUUCGAACAAAGGCCAAGCUACGCAAGAUUUGUUAAUGCAAUGAGGCAGAACGAAUUUGUCUUAUUUAUCAGUAUCGAUCGCACUAACUAGUUUGGCCCAGGCAUCAAAAAGCCAUCACCCGAUGUACUUAAGCUUCUGUUACAUGGUUUUUAUUCGCGUAUAAAUAAAGUUAAAGACAUGUAA